AUGGAGCCGCUGGCGUCUGCACCAGCCGGAACUUCCUCUGCCUCGUCUGGCACCGUGCCGUCGGCUACGCCGAAUGGUCAAGGUGGCCAGGCGGGUGCUUCGGCAGCUCCGAAACAUCCACCGCCGCUCUUUGCGUUGCGAGACUUUCUGAGUCAAGACGGCGUGGUGUCUCUUCCCAAAUCCCGUGUCGUGGACGUUGGCGCCAUGUUUCUAGACGAGGCCGAGGAAGUUUGGCGGCCACUGCAAAGGAGAGGCCACUGCGAGUCCGUGGUAGGUUUUGAGCCGUGCUCAGAAGAGUGUGAUCGGCUCAACACCUUGAUCGACAGCUUGAGUGCAGAUGGUGAGUCUGGGGCAGGUACCGACUCCUGUGUCUUUAAAUUUUUGCCUUGGGCUUUGGGUGAUGGCUCUAGGGGCCAGUUCCGACGAUGCUCUGCAGCAAUGACUUCUUCAAUGCUAGAGCCAAACAUCCCAUUGCUGCGUCGCUUCGUGCAGCUGGAGGAGGUCACAACUGUGGUGGAGCGUACCGAGAUGGAAACGAGGAGGUUGGAUGACCUCCUCCCCCAGAUCCCAGGAAGAGGAGUGGACUACUUGAAGAUUGACGUACAGGGCUUCGAGCUGUCAGUACUGAAGGGAGCUGAGCAGGCGCUCAAGGAGGUCUUGGUGAUUCACACAGAGGUGGAGUUUGUCGAUAUGUACGAGCACCAACCACUUUUUGCAGAUGUGGACAGCUUCCUUCGGGGCCUUGGUUUUGUCUUCCAUCGCUUCGUUUCGCUGCAUGGAAGGCCAAUGAAACCUUUGCACCUUUCGGCGAACCCUUUGCAACCCAUCUCCCAGCAACUCUGGGCCGAUGCCGUCUAUGUCCGCGACCUCUGGGAACUUCAGACUCACUCAAAAGAUCAGCUCUUGAAGCUUGCGCUGAUCCUGCACGAGAUUUAUCACUCCUAUGACGUGGUGCUACAUGUUCUGCAGAAGUACGAUGCGGCUUUGGGAAAAUCAUACUUAGACAGAAUCCUGAACGCCAAGUGCCAUGGGCCUGGUGGCGACAGGGCAGUGAACAUCAUUGGAGUGCCAGAGGGGCUGGAGGAAGCGAUCGUGUGGACGGUGCAGGUAGUACGAGCGUCUCAUGCCAAGGUUUGGUUUAGAAGAUGGGCAGAAAGAAGCAACGCCGAGAGGCUUUGGCAAGAGCAGGCUCCGUCACCGAAAAGUUGGCAGGUCGAACAACAGAACCAUCAGGAUGCUUGUAUGGGAAGCGUGCCCAUGAUGCAGAACAUGCCGGCUGCGCUGACGUGCAAUUUGAUGGGACUGCCUGGCGGCAUGGGGAUGGGCGGAAUGGUGAUGCCGGCAAUGGGCGCCGCUGGCAUGUGGGGAUUCGCCACUAGCGAGGACUUCGCAAGAGGCUGCGAGGGCUGCGACUCCUGCGAGUCGAGCAUGGCGAGCUGCCACGGGCGCGGCAACUUCCGCAAGGGAGAAAUGGGCGGAGGUUGUGGCAUGGAGGCUGCCAACCUUGUCAUGCACGUCAUGGACGACAUGCCCUCCUUCGUCACACAAGAUCCUCGCAGCUACGUGAUGCAGUGCGCUGUGCCUACCAGUAUGGCAGCAACCCUGCAGCAGAAGGCUAUGCACGUGAUGAAACUUACCUCCAGCAGAAUUACUUUCGUUGGUGCUACGUGCUUCUACCUCAUGAUCUUCCAGGGGCCGUUGUUCAACGUUUGCGCCAGCUACAUGCUGAUGAUGAGGAGGUACCUGGAGAUUGAAAGGAAUGGGUUUUGA